AAAUGGGGUGCCCACGGGGGAGGGAGGGGCGGCCCGUGAAUGAGUCCUGUUCCUGGGAAGGAGCUGUCAAGGCUUUCGGAACGGCCCGAGGUCACGACCAGAUUCUCUUCUGUUGCCGGCCGGCUGGGCAGGCGGGGGCGGACAGCUGAAGGAGCAGCUUCAUUAAGACUCUCCUUGAGGCUCCGUCCGGAACGAGCUCUGGGCGCAUCGUGUGUCUCCAAUCCAGGCUCAGCCGGCGCCUGGGUUCGGGGCUUGGCUUGUGACAGGUGUCCGACGUCGGAGUUUAGCCAGGGGCGGGUUUGAGACUCGAUUUUCAUGCCAGAUGUGAUGAAGCAGAGGCUGAUGGAGAACUGAAUAAUGUCUGCUGUGCACAGAGGCCAUUGAAACCUUUCCUGUAGCUGGAAAACAGCAGCCCCUGACAGAAGCAUUAUUGCAUUUGAAGUUUCAAGUUUACAGAGGAUUCGCUUCGCAGAGUUGGGCUGACCUAUAGAAGCAGUCUCCACUGAGGGCCUUUUGAAUCCUUUGCACAUCCACAGGAGUGUUACUGAGCAUGUCAUUUCAAUGUAUGGACUGCCCUCCCAAACCCAUCUCCCUUUCUGCUUAGCUCCAUGGGUCCUACCUUUCUGGUGCUGAGGCUGGAAGAUGUUACAGAGAUGGGUAGCAGUGAACCCGUUCCCAUUGCAGAAAGUGACAAGAGGAGGAAGAAGAAGCGGAAGGCCCGGGCCACUGAUUCCUUGCCAGGAAAGUUUGAAGAUGUGUACAAGCUGACCUCUGAACUGCUGGGAGAGGGAGCCAAUGCCAAAGUUCAAGUUGCCGUGAGCCUGCAGAAUGGCAACGAGUAUGCUGUCAAAAUCAUCGAAAAACACGCAGGACACAGUCGGAGUAGGGUAUUUCGGGAGGUGGAGACGCUCUAUCAGUGUCAAGGAAACAAGCACAUUUUGGAGCUGAUUGAGUUCUUUGAAGACGACACAAGGUUUUACUUGGUCUUUGAGAAACUGCAAGGAGGCUCCAUCCUGGCCCACAUCCAGAAGCAGAAGCACUUCAAUGAGCGAGAAGCCAGCCGAGUGGUGCGGGAUGUCGCCGCCGCCCUUGACUUCCUGCACACCAAGGGCAUUGCUCAUCGCGAUCUGAAGCCAGAAAAUAUACUGUGUGAAUCUCCAGAAAAGGUGUCUCCAGUGAAGAUCUGUGACUUUGACUUGGGCAGUGGGGUGAAAUUGAACAACUCCUGCACCCCCAUAACCACACCAGAGCUGACUACUCCAUGCGGCUCUGCAGAAUACAUGGCCCCCGAAGUGGUGGAGGUCUUCACGGACGAGGCCACUUUUUAUGACAAGCGCUGUGACCUGUGGAGCCUGGGCGUGGUCCUCUACAUCAUGCUGAGCGGCUACCCGCCCUUUGUGGGUCACUGUGGGGCCGACUGUGGCUGGGACCGGGGAGAGGUCUGCACAGUGUGCCAGAACAAGCUGUUUGAGAGCAUCCAGAAAGGCAAGUAUGAGUUUCCUGACAAGGACUGGGCUCACAUCUCCAGCGAGGCCAAAGACCUCAUCUCCAAGCUCCUGGUCCGAGAUGCAAAGCAGAGACUGAGCGCUGCCCAAGUUCUUCAGCACCCAUGGGUGCAGGGGCAAGCUCCAGAAAGGGGACUCCCCACGCCGCAAGUCCUCCAGAGGAAUAGCAGCACAAUGGACCUGACGCUCUUCGCGGCUGAGGCCAUCGCCCUUAACCGCCAGCUGUCUCAGCACGAGGAGAACGAGCAGAACAAGCUGGCCGAGGAGUGUGAGGCGCUGGCUGAGGGCCUCUGCUCUGUGAAGCUCUCCCCUCCCUCCAAGUCCCGCCUGGCCCGACGGAGGGCGCUGGCCCAGGCAGGUCGCAGUGGAGAUGCGCCACCCAGCCCGACACCCACAAUGCCAGCGCCCUGACCCACUCUGGGCCCCAGGCCUGCCAGGCCCUGCCACCCUGGAAACCUGUGAGAGGCCUGCUGUGCAGCUCCGUCCAGGCCUUUUCCUCCACGAAGGCUCUCAUCCUCCUGUCCCCAGAGUCCUCAAGGAAAAAGCUUUUUCCAAAGCGGGGGAGGGUCGUCUUUGAAAAGGAAAGCAAUCACUUGUCACUUUGCAUAAUGGCCUGCGGCAGGGACAUCUCUUUACUGGGCUUCUGCCCACCUGCUCACCCGCUGUGGAUGGAGGAUCCAGCCCACUCUCACCGCCAGGCAGCUGUAGGGCUGGGGCUGCGGCCUUCGGGGAGCCAGCCUUGAGAAGCGUCCAUUGACAGAGGCUCUUCCCUCUCGCCGCACUGUCACCCGCUCUGGCGGUCCUUCCACCUUCAUGUGUCCUCCGGACGUCCUCCCCCAUGGCUAAGCGAAGCCAUCCCCUCAAUUCAGGAAGCCAGAUCAGUCUUCCAGUCGAUGGCGCAGAGAAGCACAUAAUCUUUCUUUGCUGUGACCAAAAUGUGUCCCUCAUUUAUCAUCCUCUUCCUUGUUUGGGGUUGCUGCUAAAGUCAGUAUUAUUUUGUUUUUAAAGAUGCGGGGUUUUUUGUUUGUUUGUUUUUAACCACACUCUUCCAGCAGAGAUGAGACUUUUAACUCCCCCUAUGAGCCCAUGGACUUUCCAGAGCUCUUGGCACUCACACUUCUCUCCUGAAUGUCCAUGCAUUUGGAAGAUGUUAAUCAGCUAUUUCUGUUACUCUUAACUGGUUUUAAGCUGUUCAGACAAUGAGUGACUUAGAGACCAGUUUGUCUGCUGCUUCCUCCCUCAGGCCUGUUGCAGACGGCAGUGCAGGUCUGGGGCAGUGAGGAGCUCUGUGCCUGAUGUGGUGCGAGUUUGGAGGCUGCCCAGCCACCCUGGUUGGAGCCAUGUGGUGUCUGCUGCUGGUGAGCACAGAGGCAUAUCCAGCAUCAGAUAGCUGAGCUGCUUAGUUACCCAAGAAAAUUGAUUUGCAUAUGUCAUGUUUAUAUGGUGCAAGGACACAUUGCACUUAUUUUAAUAAAACUGUUUUCAAUUC